AUUGAUUGUUGUAUUCGAAUUUUUCUAUGAAUUAAAUAAAAUAAUGUACAGAAUAUUGAAAUCCACUAUCAUACAGCACCUUCCAACGAUUAUCAAGCGUAAAUUAUACACAAGUUACACGUUAUGUAACAAGAAAUGUAACGUGCAGGUAAAUGAUCCGGUCCGUUUGAAGCCAAUAGAGACGAAAGCCUACACUUUGAGGAAGCAUAACAAUCCAAGACGGCAAAAGCUGUACGAGUUUGGGUUAUACGUCGCAGCUUGCAUGCCGAAAUAUGUUCAGAAGAUCCAGAUGCAGCAUUGCGAUGAGCUUGAAAUUUUGGUUGCUCCAGAAGGCUUGUUCCCGGUUCUGAGUUUUUUGUGUCAUCACCAACACGCUUGCUUCAAUGUCUGUUCGGCAGCAACAGCGAUAGAUGUACCUAGCAGAGAGUAUAGAUUCGAGGUGGUAUACAUGUUGCUAAGCAUGAGGUUCGGAGAGCGCGCGCGAGUCAAAACUUACACUGACGAGCUCACGCCGCUGCAUUCAGCGUACUCCUUGUGGAAAGUUUGCAAUAUCUGGGAGAGAGAAAUAUAUGAUAUGUUCGGCGUUAUAUACACGCACCACCCAGAUUUGAGGCGGAUUCUGACGGAUUAUGGGUUCACUGGUCACCCUUUGAGAAAGGACUUUCCCAUGGUCGGGUACACAGAACUUCGGUAUGAUGAUGAACUGAAGAAAAUCGUGUACGAGCCGGUUGAGUUUGCCCAAGAAUAUCGACGUUUCCAGUUGGAAUCGCCUUGGAAUUAUUUGAAGAAUUUCCAUGAAGGAUACAACGAUCCUCCGCCACCACCAACAAAGAAAUAGUCAUCUUUGCUUGCGCUGCAGGUGCUAAUGUUUGGAAUGUUCCAGAUUAUUGUAUUUUU